AACUUACUGUAUUUAACAUAAGCAGUAAAAUGAGCUAAUUAUAAAUUAUAAUAACACCAAUAAUCGAAUUUUGAAGAGACACUCCACGUGUGCAUCUUUGACAUUUGUCACAGAGAAUGUCGUUUAUGUCACAGCGUUGCCAAGUUUGUAUCGAAAUGAAAACCGCUGGGUCCAAGGCAACGGAUUUGAAGUCAAUUUUGUUCGUCUAAGAACCGACAACGUUGUAGGUUGUAUCAAAAGUUGCCUAUCAUAAAAUGGUUUUUCAUUUAUUAGAAUAUGACGGUUGAAUCAAAAUUUAUGUUACAAAUGAAAAAUACAUCUAAAUAUCAACAACAAUUGAAGAAAUUAUGGUAAUUUUGCAUCUAUAUCGGGGGGCUGAGUCCAAUAAAUAAAAAAAAAAAAAAAAAAGAAAAUUGAUCUUCUAUGGAAUUGAUUUAUUAUCGUAGACAUGUAUAUAAACCUAAACAAAACCUAACUUUUAACCCUUUCGAAUUAAUUCUCGAACAUGUUCGUUAGUGUUGUGUGAUAUAAACAAUAAUAUUUCAACAAUGUUGUGUCGUGUACAAAAAAGAAUGCUUGUGGAAUUCGUGAGUGAACAUCCAGAGUUAUGUUCCGGAAAAUUCACACAAGUGUUCACGUUUAAAAAGGCGCAAAGUCUUUGGGAGGAAAUCAGCGCCCAAUUAAAUAAGGUUCCAACCGGAACCCAAAAAGAUUGGAAGAAAUGGAGAAAGACUUGGCAAGAUUUGAAGAAGGGAGCGAAAGCGAAGGAUGCCGCAAUAAGGAAGCAUUCGAGACAGACAGGAGGGGGUCCACCUACAUCUAUGCAGUUAACUGAAGUAGAUAACGAGGUACUUCGAUUGAUCCCCGAAGUCCAGAAAAAAGGGGUGGACUAUGCAGUUGAGGAAGUAUUUGACUUCAAUGAAGAGAUCAAUGUUGUUCAUUCCCUGUCGGAAGGAACUAUAGAAAUAUCCACGUCGACAGAAGAGGUGGUCGCAGAGGAACAGGUAAAGUAUUAGAUUUUUUAACAUCUACCAUGUGACUGUAAUAAGUGCAACACAAAUUCUGAGUAAGAGAAACUCUUUACUUUAUUUUAUAAGGCUGUCUUACGAUUAUCCCAUUUUUAUUUCUCUUAUAAAUAUUCUUGUUUUAUUAAUUAUUUUAUUCUGGUAGACUCCUCAAGAUCAUAGUUAUUCCAUGAAUGUGCCAAGAAAUUCCAGAUUGUGUGGAACCUCCAAGGCAAGUAAUACUAAUACAUUUCAAGAAAUGACGACAAAACUGACUCAAGAAAUGGUGAGGUCAAAAACCUUGAAAGUCAAUAUGGAAAUUGAGUACAAGCAGAAAGAAUUGGAGUACAAGCAUAAAAAAUUGGAAUACAAGCAGAAAGAGUUAGAGUAUCUGGAGAACAUGCGCAUAGAUAGAAGAAGUGAAUCAAGGCAAAGAAGAAGUGAAUUAAGGCAAAAAAGAAGACUUGAAAGACUGCAACAUUCAUGGCUUCCUCAUUUAUCUCAUCCAAGACAUCUCUGACCCGACCUGAUUUUUAAUUUUGAAAUCACCAAGUAUUUUUUGGAAAGUGUCAUAAGGCGAAAAAAGGAAGAAAUUAAUCGAUGAAGGGAUGAAGAAGCAGGUUAGGUUUAGUGGGUAGGCCCUGUUUAAACAAAGGGAAUGUGGUAGGCCCACACUCCCCGUAUUUAAACUUGGAGUCCCACACUGUUCCACAGUACGAAUGUGGUUCGUUCAUGAGAUUCCCCCUGCUAUAACAAAAAAAAAAAAAAUUAAAAAAAAAGGGAAAAAUAACUACAAUAUGUUUAUUUUUAUAUUAUUUGAAAGUUGUCUUCUAUUUUCCCCAUAUUUGAAUAAUAUCAUUUUAAAUACAUUUCUUGUUUGAUGUCGAUUAUUUUGUUGGAAAUUUCGGGGAUAUCGGGUGUGCUAAUCAAUUUCCCGUAGUGGUUAUAAAUAAGUUGAUUUUGUAGGAUAACCUAUAAGGCAGCGCCAUUUGAACAGAGGCCUUUGUUAUUGACCCACUUGGAAUAAGGUUGUAAUGGAUUACUGGUAAACAGGUUACACUGUAUCUUAAAAUAACUAGUAUAGUAUUUCCAAAGUCACUUGAACUAGUCCAUAAAAACGCUUGGCCAUAGAUGUCCCUUUGAAGUGGAAACCGCGAUCCGCUAAAUACCGGGGUUGAUUUGAAAGUAAUCUUAGGCAAUAAAUUCACUCUCCCCAAAAUAAUUUCUGGAAAGUUGGACAACCCUUGAAAAAUCUAAAUAUUCUGGUUCCUCCAAGUGACUUUGGAUAUACUAUACUGCAUUACUGACCAAAGAAGGCAGUAUCAAUAAUAUUGUCAUGUUGGGUGCAACAUAAAGUUAAUGUUUAUCACAUUCAAGGAAAAAAAAAGUGAGAAUUUGCUGAUGCUGAUCACGGAAUUAUUGGUGAAGGAAAUAACUUUUUGAAGGAGACAACCCCAACUGCUAAGAUGAUCAAAGUAACAGACAGUUGAAACAGUGAAUUAUUGUUCAGAACAUUAAUAACGAAAUAAAGAGUUUAUGUAGAAAAUUUUUUUUUUUUUUUUCAAGUACCCUAAUAUAC